AUUUCGAACAAUUGAAUUUCUUCUCCACCAUUUCUGCAGCAGCAUGCUUUUGAAGAGUUCCAUUUUCAAUCCCGUUCCGACUUCGCCGCCUCUGCUUCCCCCUCUCUUCUCCGGCUCCCCUUCCAGGGCAAAUCUUACUGAAAAUAUAGCCAUUGAGGGCCGUAACCUCACCUUCUCGAUCACGACGCGGCAGGGCAAAAUUGUGCCUAUUCUUAGGGAUUGCUCGCUCCGGAUUCCGUCAGGUCAGUUUUGGAUGCUUCUUGGACCUAAUGGCUGUGGAAAAUCCACUCUCUUGAAGGUCUUGGCUGGUCUUUUGAAUGCGUCAACUGGUGCAGUAUACGUCAAGAAGCCUAAGUGCUUUGUCUUCCAAAACCCCGACUAUCAGGUUGUGAUGCCUACUGUGGAAGCUGACGUUGCAUUUGGCCUCGGUAAGUUAAAUCUGACCAAUGAAGAAGUUAAAUCAAGGGUUCUGGAAGCUCUGAGCUCGGUUGGCAUGUCCAGCUACCUUCAGAGAUCCGUUCAAACGCUGAGUGGUGGUCAGAAGCAAAGGGUUGCCAUUGCUGGUGCUUUGGCUGAAGCAUGUAAAGUGCUUCUAUUAGAUGAACUGACCACAUUCCUCGAUGAGAAGGAUCAGAUGGGGGUGAUCAAAGCAGUUAGGAAUUCUUUGCACAAUUCUGAAGAUGUUACAGCAUUAUGGGUGACCCAUCGCUUAGAAGAACUCGAGUAUGCUGAUGGCGCUAUCUACAUGGAAGACGGGAAAGUCAUCAUGCAUGGUGAUGUGGAAAGUGUCCAAAGUUUUAUCAAAACGAAACAAUCAGAUUAUAUCAAGCGUAUUUACUAUUCGUGACUGUCAUCUCUCUUUCAAGUGAUGUUUUUCUUGUUACAUUAUUAUAACAUUGCAUUAUAUAGUUUUGUAUCAUCUAGUUCCAUAGUAAAAUCAUUCAGUUGUUGCAUUAUUUCAUUACAUAAUGAAGAAAGUUUUUAUACUCC